AUGGUCGCUGAAGUGAUCGCCCACUACGAGAAACAAACCAGCGAUUUUGUCGACAAGUGGUACGAGGACAACAGGGUCCUCGAAGUUCCUGGAUAUCCGCCCGUUGCGGGGAAGGAAUCUCUGAAGGCACACUAUGCCUGGCUUUUCAAGGGGGCAGAUCAGAUUAGUUUCACGGUACAUGCGAUUACCAUCCUCCCCGGCCAAGUCCAUAUAACUCUGAAGGCCACAAUCGUCAACACGCACAAAGUAAUCGAGCCGACCUAUACAAUGAUUGUUGAGAAGGGCUUGAAGUCUUCGAAGGUCAAGAGCUUGAAGCUGUCCGGCGAGGGCGUUCCGCAUGCAUUCGACACUAUCGGUCUCGCUGCAGGUCCCACCGUCCCUGGUCUUACUGUAACUGCCAGGGGCCUCAAUUAG